AUGAUCAGUAAAUGUACGCAUCGAGUAGCGACAACGCUAUUGAGAAGUGGUAUAUCCGUUCCAAAACGACUAUAUACUCCAGCAAAUAAUCAGAUUCCAUUUGAACUGGAUGAAACAGAUGAAAAAUACAAAGAGCUCAACAACAUCUAUCGUGAGCUCUUCACUCCAACAGAUAAAGCUAACAUUCUUACUACAAAAGAUAUUGAAUCAAACAAGCGUUCUGAAGUUGAUGAAAUAAAUGAAGAGCUAAAUUCCUUGUAUUCUGUCGGUGUACUUUCACCAGCGGAGCUGGAAGACGCGGUAAAAAGUAAUGGAAGGUUCGUCAUCAGAAGUGUAUCUACCAACCCAUACUUCAACCUAGCUUUAGAGGACUAUGUGUUUCGUAAUACGCCUUUAACUGAGAACAAAACGGGAAAUGAAAGAAUACUGCUUUAUACCAAUGAUAAAUGUGUCGUUGUCGGUAAGAAUCAAAACCCAUGGAAGGAAACGUACAUGAGAAAUAUCGCAUCAAGAGGGUACAAUUUUGUAAGAAGACGUUCAGGUGGAGGUGCAGUAGUGCAUGAUUUAGGAAAUGUUAACUAUUCGUAUUUGACGUCGAGAGAAAGUUUCCGCAGAGAGUUCUUCAAUCAGCAACUUGUACAAUGGUUAAGUAAUGAGAACAUUACGUUGAACGAUAGAGGCGAUUUGAUCUAUAAAGGUUAUAAGAUAAGUGGUAGUGCUUUCAAAAUAGCUAAAGGAAAAGCUUAUCACCACGGCACAAUGCUAAUAGAUUCAGACCUGGCUCAAUUCAAAGGUUUACUAAAACCGGAUGUAAUUCCUGGGGUUGAAUGGACAUGUAAUAGUGUCGAAAGUGUUAGAUCUAAGGUUGAUAACAUUGGCGGAAAAGCAAUAUCGUCAAUUGAUGACUUUUGCAAUUUGAUUACGGAUCAGUUCAGAAAUCUGGUUGAUGACUCUGAAAUUCCUAUGUUUUAUUGUGAUGAAUCAAGUUCUUUACUCGAGAUCACAGAGAUCUCCGAAAACUUACGGAGCAAAGAAUGGAAAUUUAUGUCAGGCCCAAGGUUUGAGGUAAUUUGUAAUGACGUUACAAUAAAGGUCGAGAAGGGUGUAAUUAUUGAAUCUGACUGGCCUGAAUUAGUUGGGAUGCCAUUUUACAAAUUUUAUGACGAAGUAAGGGAAGAUGACAAAAUAUUCAAACAUUUACUGUAA